ACGGCUGCUUUUGAGAUUGUCAACUUCUUCUAACGUGGCAGAAUCUUGACGGCUAAUGAUGUUGCAGUGAUUCUAAAGAAAAACGCUGCUCUUCCGAUCGCUCUCCCCGUUUCAACUUCCAGCACCAAAUGGCGGCCUCUUCUUCAACUUUUACGCGAAACCCUACUUCCAUUGCCACCUCCUUCGGUUCCAAACCCUCACUCUUUCUCUCCUCUCCUCGAUCUAUUAAGCUCCCCUGCAUUCAUCCACAACCCAUCAUCAAAUCCCUCGGCUUUCACGCGCGGCCUUUCCCCGUCCCACGCGCCUCCGCCACUCCCGCGGCCCAGUCCACUAACUCAACUACCUUUCAUGGACUCUGCUACGUUGUUGGCGACAACAUCGAUACCGACCAGAUUAUCCCCGCCGAGUACCUCACUCUCGUACCCUCAAACCCAGCCGAAUAUGAAAAGCUCGGUUCGUAUGCACUAAUCGGCCUCCCUGCCUCUUACGAGACCCGGUUCAUUGAACCGAACGAAAUGAAAACGAAAUACACUAUAGUUAUUGCCGGUGACAAUUUCGGUUGCGGAUCAUCUCGUGAGCAUGCACCGGUUGCUCUUGGUGCUGCUGGAGUUGCGGCAGUGAUUGCGGAAUCUUAUGCUCGCAUCUUCUUCAGGAACUCGGUGGCCACCGGGGAGAUAUAUCCUCUAGAAUCGGAGGUUAGGAUUUGUGAGGAAUGCAAAACUGGGGAUGUGAUUAGUAUUGAGCUCGCAGAGAGUCGCUUGAUUAAUCACACGACUGGGAAGGAAUACAAGCUGAAGCCCAUUGGGGAUGCCGGGCCAGUGAUUGAGGCCGGGGGGAUUUUCGCCUACGCAAGGAAGACGGGGAUGAUCCCAUGCUAGGAUUGAGGCAAUUUGAGCAUUGCUGGCUGGAUUCACAGGCUAUUGGUAGCAUUAUUAGUUGCUUAGUUCUCCUUCUACUUUGUGUACUCAAGAGCAAAAAGCUUGUUAUGUUGGAAAUUUUUAUGAUUGGAAGCAACUGAAUGUAUUAGGACCUGAGUGAGUGAUGCCAUUUGUUGUUUUAGUGAUUUCAGGUUGUUGAAGCUCCAGUUGGUGAUUUCUUUCUUCUAUUUUGCUGGUUAUUAUGUUGCAGCAGCCAUGUCAAAAUAAACACUGAUGUUUUAAUGGUUUAAUAUUGUUUAAA